AUGCAGCAGGGGAAGAUCGUGACCACCAACUCGCAGACCAUUGACUCAAGAAACACCCCUGACCCAAAAGAAAGUGGGCACUGCACGUGCGGGCUCAGUAGCAUGAAAAGCAUGAAAAUAACAGACCAAAUAGAAAGUAGACGAAGUAACAGUUUUGGCACCCCAGAUGGGACUUUAACUUUGAAACCGGACUUUGAUCGACACCUGCUACCACCGGAGGAAUUGCGAGCCAGACUGCAGCGUGCACUGGAGGAUUUUUCCAGGGACUCCUCUUUGCAAUUCCCUGGUGGGUGGAGCAGCAGGAUACAAGGUUUCAAAGAAAAAGGCACAGAUCACACAACAAACGGUGACUUAUUUGGGUUCGCCAUCACCCAAGGUCAGCGAAGCCUCGGUCCUGAGAGGAAGGAAGCAAUUUGCCAGAUACCAGAACCUGAAUCUAAAAGGGAGCUGAGAGCAUUCCUGGGAAUGGCCAGAUGGUGUCGUCUCUGGAUUAUUAACUUUGGACUGACAGCAAAACCCCUUUACGAGGCUUUCACCCGGUACUCGGCCCUGCUGAUGGGGAUGAUCUACGGCAAGAAGCGCUACGACUACCUAAAGCCUGUCGCUGAAGAGGAGCGAAGAAUAGAGGCUGAAGAGAAAAAGAAGCGUGAAGAACUUGAGAGGAUUGCAAAAGAGCUUGCAGAAG